GUCAUUAGCAAUAUGUGGGCAAUACGGGUGUAGUGGUUUAAGUAGGACAGUCUUCGGAUGUAUUUAGUGCUUCAAUGUCAAAUAUAUGUCCGCGUUUGAUAGACUAUUUUGUACUGGUUGGCUCGCGAUUACCUGGGAACGCAUACUCAGUGCAGUCUCCCGAGAUUCUUUGUCGAUUUCCUCCCACAAACCACAAGGAUUUCCCUCUUCCUACAGAUGUGUCUUUCUUUUGUCAGCCAGAAGGAUGUAUUAAUACUUCCAGCAACACAUUCCCUAUAAAAUCUUUGGAUAAUAACCUUAGCGGUAUAAAAUCAAUGACAUUUUUAUUUUCGCUAACUGAUAAGGAUUCCAGUAAAACACGGUAUGGUAUAUGCACCAACUUCUUCAGACCAGUCAACCUUAGAAGUUUGAGUAAAACUACAUAUCCGAAUGGCAGGGAAGGCACACAUUUUGGCAACGUAUCUGGUAAUGGGCCAGUUUCAUGUUUGAAUGAAAGUAUCCAGGAUAAAUCCUUACCAUCUGGAAAACUAAAAAAUACAAAUAAUGUCUAUAGCUUAACGUCAAUCUGUUUAAUCACUCAUUAUCCUUUUGCUACAACGUUUGCACGGCUUGUGCAAUGUGUACAUGUAAUUUUAAAGAAGCUACACAAACUGUCAAAACCCAGCUGUGUGGAAAGUCCAGAUAUAUGGGAUGUAUUGACAAGUAAUAUUACACUAUCAUGCUCUUAUCCUGUUGUGGAAAGCACACGUCAGUUCCAAUGUUGGAUUCUCCGGCUUCUCAGUGCACCAGCACCAAUUCCUGGCUGUACAUGUGUAUAUCUUUCAGUUCAACCGCAAACCUUAGGUUCACCUUUGUGUUUUGCUCUUCCUGAUCAAUCACGUCUUCCUUUGGUUGAUUUUCCUGUGAAUCUGCCUUUUGAAAUUAUGGGUAUCAGGAAAACUUUUCGUUUAAUUAUGUGUCUUCUAUUGGAACAGAAAGUGGUUUUACAAUCAUCUGAUUAUAACAAGUUAUCCUUAACAAUUUUAUCAUUGGUUGCAUUACUCUAUCCACUUCAAUAUAUGUUCCCAGUCAUUCCUCUUCUACCUGCAUGUAUGCCUGAUGCAGAACAGCUUUUGUUAGCGCCUACACCCUAUUUAAUCGGUGUUCCAACAGCAUUUUAUACUGCACGGAAAAUUUUUCGUAUGCCUAAAGAUGUUUGGUUAGCUGAUUUGGAUACUCGUGAAUUAUCUUAUCCUAUGGUGGUUGAUGAAAUACCAGAGUUACCUGAAAUAGAAAGUAACAUUCUUAUUCAUCAUUUAAAAAAAUUACUUCACGAAUUUUCAAGUUCACCUCAUAUUGAAUUGGAUUUGGAUGAUUCUUCGAAACAUUGGCCUGUUUCUGUCGCACGUACAACUGCAUUUGAGUUAUCGAAAUUUGAUCCUUUAUUGUAUACACUCACAAAAGAUUCUGUUGAUGUCGGUAUACGUGUAUCUAUGAUUCUCUUCUUCAAUACAAACAACAUUCUAGGUGGAUUUACUAAUCAUAUACGUACUUUACGAUUAUUUCCUCGGCCAGUCGUUGCAUUUCAGUAUGAAAGUUUUAUGAAGUCUCGUCCAAAGCCAUGUUUGUUUACUAGCAUGCUUGCAAAAACUCAGGCUGUUGAAUAUUUUGCUGAAUCUUCAAUUUGUGCACUGAAUGAAGCCUAUCAACGUAUCUGUUCAGGAGUUUAUUCCACAGAAUUAAUUGGUGAUAAGUUAUACUGGUAUAAAAAUCAAUUAAAACCAGUCUAUUUUGAUUGUUGUGACAAAUUAAUCGAUUAUGCCAAUGCUACAGCUACUAAUACACCCAUAUCAAACCAAUCAUCUCCCAAGCUCAAGCUAUCCUUAUCAAAUUCCAACCAGUUAAUGUUAUUCCAAGCUUUUGAAUUAGCAAAACGUAUCAUUAAUAGACGAUGUUCUGGUGAUAUAAGUACAGAGAUUGAUACAGAUAGCAUAAAUAAUGAUACGAAUAAUUUAUCGAAUGAUACUCAAACCAAUGAUUUUAUUGGUAUGUUUAAAACCUAUUCCAAUGACUCUGACUCAAAUCAUUCUUAUGAAACCGUUGUGUCAAACCAUACAAUAUCGAAAGAGAUGGAAGAUUGUAUUUCAGUUCAAGCAAAUAAACCAUUGCCUGAUUGUCUAACUGAAUUUUACACUCCACCAACAGAGUUAGUUUAUAGCAAAGAACCUAGUACUACACGUUGUAGUCUAUCAUUGGAAAAUGCCGAAAGUACAUUGUCGAAUUUCUGGAGUCAAUCCACUCUGAUAACGUCCAAUCCCAGGAAUAUUAACGAACAACUGAUAAAUACGAACACUGGAAUACAGUCUUUAGGAGUUCCUAAUUCAGAAAGUGGUACUCUAACUAGAUCGUCAUCAAUUUCAUCGAGACGUUCGACAAACGAUACUUUACAUCUUGUAUCUCGUUUAUCCUCCUCUAUUUUUGUGGGCGAUGGUAAUGAUUCGAAAAAAAGCUCUACAGUAACAUCAAAUAAUUUUGAUGAUGAUAAUUUGAGUUGGGAUACAUCUGUUACUUUAUUAUUUGGUGAUUUGUUAAAAUCAAACCGUCUUCGAAGUUUGGCAUUCAAAGAUGUUCCUCUUUCUGCUUUACAAAUACAUAAAAAACGAUUGGAAAAUGAACGUACAAUCAUUGAUUUGUCAAAAUCCAUUAAACAAGGUCGAAUACCAAAUAUAUUUUCACGUAAUCAAAUUAACACAUUAUUACAAGAUGAGAAUUAUCGAAAUCUAUUAAUUGCUCGUAUAAAUGAUAAUCUCUCAAAAGAUGUCCUACCAAAUCAAUUGCAUAUUGAUGAUGUGCCUAUUCAACAGUGGGAUCAAUAUAAAGCAAUUUUAUGGACGCUUAAACAAAUGAUCAAUGGUUUAGAAUAUAGUUUUCGACCGGAUAUUGUAUUCCCAACUACAAAUCAAUAUGAUCGCAUUACUAGAGAUAAAUCACCAUCGUCAAAUAUUCCAAAUCCAUUGAGUAACACUAGUUGGUUAUCCUAUUCUACUGGCAUUUUGAAAAGUGGUGGUUUGGCUUCAGCGUUUAUGCUUAUGGAAGUUGCACAUACGCACUUCUAUCGGUUGCCUAAUCGAACAGGGCACAUAGAUAAUAAUCAUGAUGAAAAAUUCUUUUGGAAUAGCAUGCCAACUACACCCACAACAGAAUUGAGAUCACCUAUACCAGCAAGAAGAUUAGUUGGUAAUGAUAUUUCUUCAGUUCGAUAUCAAAAUAAUCAAUUAGAUUUAUCGGACUGUGAAUCAUACAGUAGAAAAGGUUCAAAACUAGAGCUAUUUCGUGGUCAUGGUCGUCAUCAAUUCACCAAUGUUAUUGUUACAAUGAGUGAACCAUCAUCAGAUAGAGAAGAUAAUGAACAAAUUCAAUCAAAACCUAUAUUUAAAUCAGAUAGUACUGAUAUUAUUAAACACAAUAUUCAACCAUUGAAUAAUGCAAACAACACUAUCAAUAUUGGUCAUACUGGAAGUUGCCUUACAGUGAAUCGAUAUAAUGAAUGUGAAAAAUUCGAUAAAUUGUUUGCUUCUGAUGCUAAACUACAUGAAUCAAUGAGUAAAUUAAAACCACAUCGUGAUAAUGAGAAUGGCGUCAACGAUGAUGAUAUACCGCCAGAUUAUGUACCGGAAUUGCCUAAUCGUAAAAGUCAACGAAGUUUUGGCUACAGAUAUUACCAAUCACACUUAAUUUUAACGGAUCCAUCAAUCACAUCUAGUUCAUCUGAUGAUACAGACGAUCAGACCACGUGUACAAUAUUUACUUCUUCACCGAAUACAUGCACACCACCAGCAGUUUAUCGUCCUGACUUAAAAUUUCAUUUUAACGAUACUGAAUCAGAAAAUGAAGAUAUAGAUAAUAAACAUCAACAACAAAUAGAGAUAGAACAACGAAGAAAACAAUCAGAAUGUCAUAUGUGUAAACUAACUUUGCUGAUACCAACUCCACCUCCACCAAAUUCAUCAUCAGUCAUGACAGUAUCUCCAUCUAAGAUGAAGAAAGUACCAUGGACUUACUUAUUUGAAGAUAUUUUCGAUACUGAAUGGCAUAAAAGUAAAAUAUUGGGUAAUCUACAAUUUUGGGAAGAUUCCUUUUUAGAUACAGUUGCACAGGAACGAGAUAUACUUGGUAUGGAUUUUCGACCAAAAGAACUUUUAUUAAAAUAUCAAAAUGCUUCUUUAUUGAAACGUAAACAAAUGGAAUUAGAAGAAGAUUGUUUAUUAGUUAAUAUAAUGCAUAAUAUGAUUGCAUUUAUGCUAAUGGCUAAUGUGGAUCGUAUAUCUAUACGUAAAAAAUUACAACGUUUAUUAGCUAAAAGUCAUACAGGUUUACAUUAUUCACGAAAAAUUAAUGAUUUAUUAAAUUCAUUGAAUUAUUUGAAUGGGAAUGAUAUCGAUUUAAAUGUGGCUCAAAGUCGUUUUAUUGUACAACGUUCACAUGAAGCCUAUCGUGGUUCAGAUGAGAGCGGUGAACUAAUAUUUCUUGAAGUUUGUUCUGAUUAUCUAUUAAUUCGUAAUUUAUCUGGACGUAUAUUAGAACGUUUAUGGUAUGAUCAAGUGAUCAAUUUAACGUAUAGAUCACAUACACAUAUAUUAUGCAUUACAAGACAAAUAUUUGAUCAUUCACAAAUGGAUUUAUUUUAUACUCGUAAAUCUCGUUUAGUUUAUCAACAGAUCAAAGAAUCAAUGAAAAAUAUAUCUGUAGAAGCUUCACAUGGAAUAUUAAAUGGUGAUUUGAACGGUGAGAUUAAUGCAACUAAUUUGGACAACAAUCAACCUGGUACUAUUAGUAUCUUACCAGAUGGAUUCGUUAUUAAAUUCGGUGAUGAGCAGAAAUUUAUCAAAUUGCAUAAUAUUAAACGUUGUUGUACAAUAAAAUCAGAAAUAUUUACGAUUGAUGUCUACGAUCAAGAGAAGAAAGCAAUGAUCACUUAUCGAUUUCAAACGGAUAUGACAACUCAUUUAUUUCAAAAUUUUGUAUCACUUUUCUCAAUGUCAUCAUCAUCAUCAUCAUUUAAGUAAUUCAUUUACUCUGGGAGAAUUCAUAUAUAAUCAAAUAAAUCAAUGAUGUCAUAGCAACUAAUCAUAAUACAUUGGGAUACAUACAAAGGAAAUAACAUAUUUUUGUUGUUGUUGUUGUUGCUAGUUAUUGUUCCCAAAUCAAUUCUGUAUGUACAUGUGAUGAAUGUAUUUUAAAUGUUCACCUCCUGUAUUUUAUUCUUGUUCAACAGUGUUAAUUGUCUUCCUUAUAAUAUACACAUUUCAAUAUUCUUUCAUUCUUUGUAGAUGUUGUGAUCAUGAGUAUGUGUGUGUGUGUGUGUGUAUUUCUUCUCUACUUGAUGCUUACAUAACUUACUUUAGAUUGAUUGAGAAGAACAAUAUUGUAUACAUUUUGGUUUCUAUUACAUUUUAUUCUAUGUAUCACAAGUGAAAGUGAUCGAAUUUCCUCUAUUGUAUUUUAUUGUUUCAGUGCCUGUUGUCGUUAUUCAAUUGUAUUGACAAAUGAUUAUCAUUACUUACUUACAUAUGUCUGUUACUCCUCGUGGAGGAGCAUAAACCGCCCAUCAGCAUUCUCCAUUCAAUCCUGUCCUGGACAAUUCUUUUCAGUUCUUUCUAAUUGUUAUUCAUCCUUUUCAUAUGUGCUUUGAUUUCUCGACGUAAUGAUCAUUAAUACAAUCAUUAUUAUAGUUCAGGUUAUCUGUUUAGAAUCAUUUCAAAAGAUACCAUUUCAUUAUAUGUCUUCUUUUAUUCACAAUUAUCUGUAUGAUGUUUCAAAUGUCUUUUUCCUUUUGGCUUCAUUUACUUUAUAUAAGUCAUUAGUUACCUAUUUGAUUAUCAAUGAUCUUUUGUUACUAUAUUUCUAAUUCAUUAUUACUGUGAUAUUUAUAUCCUCUAUCAGUUAGUCUUUCCCUAAUAUCAUUUUCACUAUUAACAAUGAUACAGAUGACCAAUUUCCUUCGUAUUCCCUCCUCCUUUCUCCCUUCUUACGACUCAUUAUUAUCUUUAUAACUGAAGAUGAAAUCUUCAUAUAACUUUCUAGAUUGUUGAUUAUAAAUUUCAUUGUGUUCUUGUCUGUUUACUUCAUUUACAUUCCAUGAGAAAAUGGGUUAUGGUAAGAUUUGUUUAGUUGUAUUUUACAAAAUCUACACUCUAUUAUUAUUCACAUCACUUUGUAUCUGUGUGGUAAUGUUCAUAUAGCAACUUGAACUGAUGUAUUUUGCGUACGUACGAAACUCUACGUUGUUAUUGACUGGCUGACUGACUGAUUGAUUAACAUCAUCUUCACAUACACAUUCCUCGUUGUAUAUGUCAAUUUGUUUGAGAAAUUACUUUUCAUCGGUAUUAUUAUUAUUAUAAUCAGUCGUAAUAUUGCUUAUUUGUUGCAGUUUUCUUAAUGUAAAAAUUUCGAUCAUUUGUUAUAAUACAAUUUGAUUGAACCCAGUUAUUUUCUUACUAAAAAAUAAAGAGGAGACAAUAAAUUGAAUUAGAUUAAAAGAUUAAUUAUAGUGGAUAUUGAGCUAGAAUGAUUAUUUCAAUGGUUGAGGUCAUGUGUCAUUUGAAGCUAGACCACCAUGAAAAACCUGGAAGCACCAGACGACCAUCUCGUGGGACUCCUCAACAGUGCGCAUCCACGACACUGCCACGUGAGAUUUCGACCCAGGACCUAUCGGUCUCGCGCGCGAACGCUUAACCUCCAAACCACUGAGCGGGCAUCCAAUUAUACUAAUGUCUUACUACAACUAAUCCACGAAAUUGAGCGACUCAUCCCUCAUUGUCUUCAGUGAGUUUCUAUCCCACAACAGACCCGGUUGAACGCCACUGCUUCUUAUUAGAAAUCCAGGAAAUGCUACUUGAAGCCAGUCACUAGUGAGCAUAUGUUGAUUCAUAUCAGAAGGGCUUUUUGGAUAUAGUUGAGAUGAUGAGCCAAGACGAAUGGAGUUGCCAUUUCCGAUUUUGUUAUUACAUCGGGUAUAACCAGAGUGUGAUAAAAUGUUUCAAGUAAUUCGAUCUCAGAAAAUACCAAUAAUCCCACCAUGUGUUUGGGGAGUUGUGAAUAUGUGUGGUUAAGUGUACCUAACCCUACUUUUCACACUGUAGUUGCCUCAUACACUCAUUUCAUCUGAACUACAUGUAAUAGUGAUAACCACUAGGUUUCGAACGGGCGUAUAUCUUCAAACUGCAAUACUUCACUGAAUUACUCUUUGACCGACUGUAAUCGUGUAUCAUCUGGUUUUUGUGAACUAACUGAAAGUGUCGGAUCCCUAAUAGUUAUUUGAAUGAAAAUUGACUCAUUGUUUAAACGACAUCUUCACAUAGUGGAUGAUUCAAUACACGGAUUUGCUUUAGAUGCUUAGCAAACACUUGCUGUGACGAAAUCCUUUUUUCGACUCAUAUGUUGAUGGAAGGAAAUAUCCACUGAAACCUCAUUUUAUCGUAGAAAGUCAACGCCUAUUAUGGAAGAAUAGUGGUGUUUGCACGAAACGAUGAUUGAUUGGUUUCUAUACAACCGCUCACUUUAUUCUAACCAUUGCGUUCAGAGUAUUCACCUUUCUUCGUUAUCGAGUUUAGUCACAGCUAACAGAGUGUUC